GGAGGGAGGACCCUGCGAAAGCUGCGACUAUCCCUCGGGGCCAUGGACUCGGACGCCAGCCUGGUGUCUAGCCGCCCGUCGUCGCCAGAGCCCGAUGACCUUUUCCUGCCGGCCCGGAGCAAGAGCAGUGGGGGCAGCGGCUUCACAGGGGGCACCGUGUCCUCGUCCACGCCUAGCGACUGCCCGCCGGAGCGGAGCGCAGAGCUGCGCGGCGCCAUGGGCGCGGCGGGCGCGCACCCGGGGGACAAGCUGGGCGGCGGUGGCUUCAAGUCCUCCUCGUCCAGCACCUCUUCGUCCACGUCGUCAGCGGCCGCGUCGUCCACUAAGAAGGACAAGAAGCAGAUGACUGAGCCCGAGCUGCAGCAGCUACGCCUCAAGAUCAACAGCCGCGAGCGCAAGCGGAUGCACGACCUCAACAUCGCCAUGGACGGGCUGCGCGAGGUCAUGCCGUACGCGCACGGCCCGUCGGUGCGCAAGCUCUCCAAAAUCGCCACGCUGCUGCUGGCGCGCAACUACAUCCUCAUGCUCACCAACUCGCUGGAGGAGAUGAAGCGACUGGUGAGCGAGAUCUACGGCGGCCACCACGCCGGCUUCCACCCAUCGGCCUGCGGCGGCCUGGCGCACUCGGCGCCCCUGCCCGCCGCCACCGCGCACCCCGCGGCCGCCGCCCACGCGGCGCACCACCCGGCGGUGCACCACCCCAUCUUGCCUCCGGCCGCUGCGGCCGCCGCCGCCGCUGCGGCCGCCGCCGCGGUGUCCAGCGCCUCCCUGCCCGGCUCCGGGCUGUCGUCGGUCGGCUCCAUUCGGCCCCCUCACGGCCUGCUCAAGUCUCCGUCGGCGGCGGCGGCAGCCCCGCUGGGGGGCGCGGGCGGCAGCGGCGGGGGCGGCGGCGGCUUCCAGCACUGGGGCGGCAUGCCUUGCCCCUGCAGCAUGUGCCAGGUGCCGCCCCCGCACCACCACGUGUCGGCCAUGGGCGCCGGCAGUCUGCCGCGCCUCACCUCCGACGCCAAGUGA